CGUCGUUCGUUUCUGCUCGGAAGCCUUUGAUCGUUAACGUGUUUUGGUGUUGUGUCCUGGCUCCUGUCUCUUGGUUGAAGUGAUUUUUGUUUAGAUUACUAUAGCACACCAAAGGAACACAACAUGGAAGCGUAAGAAUAAGUGCUUCGCAUGUCCAUGGCGGGAAAUGGCGCGAGGGCAACUACACUGAAACCCAAACACAGUGACAAUCACUGUUUCUUAUUACGUACCAGAAUCUUGAACUGAAGGCUGUUAAAAGAUAGAUAUGGAGUUUUUUGGGUCCUUCAACUGCGAAAAAUACUGAUGAUUGUCAUUUGUUGACAAGGAUUAAGUUUACAUCUGUGCAUGGUCAAGAGUUGCUUCUCUUUGGUUGGUCAAAUCGGCGGCUUAAUUUGUUCUCUGCGUUGCUAUCUCGAUACUGCUACCUCAAAGUGUGUAUAUAUAGUCAUGGUAACUUUGAAAUGAGCUUCUGGCAAAGCAGUACUCAAGCAGACUUGUCUGUUACAGGCACCUCCUCCUCAAGACACCAAAGACCACCCAGUGGUCGUCGUGGUCGACCAAGCAGUGCUACAAGGGGAGGAAGUACAAAGUCUCAUAUUUUUGGUAUAUCUGAUACUCCUAGACAGGAAGAACCCAAACAAAAUGCUAGAAGUAGUUUCCAAGGCAACACAAGUUCUGUGCACACUACCCCUGAGGCUCCGCGCCCUUCCAGUGCACAUGCGCCAAACAACACAGGUGGCCAUAGACCUGUAAAUAAUGUAAGGAUGUUACCUUAAUCCUUUAUUUUUUAAAAGCAGUCCCUCGACCCAUACACAAAAUGCUCCUGAAAAGGUAUAAAGAAGAUAUCGCACAAAUUUCAUCAGGGAGCACUAACCAUAAUCAUUUUUUGGUGAUUUAAGGAUUACAUUGUCCGUCAAAUACAUCACUCUACAUGAGCAAGGAAAACCAGUAAUUUAACAUAUGAAAGAUUAUUACACUAAGUGGUUGUGAAAAGAAGGCCUUCAGGUAUUUUGUGAAAUCACAGAGUGACCAGCUCUCAGUUACCUUGAUAACAGGUGGUAAGUGGUUUGGAUCCAUUUAAGGUGGCUCGACUGGAUUUUUUUGGGGGGAUACCUCCCACGUUUGAGCAUUAACUACGUCGGCAUGAGUAAAGAUAUGGCAAAAAGGUUACCACAACUGUAUUAUAUAAUGAUGAAAAUUUCUUAUGAUCUGGGUUUUAUUGCAAUCGGAGUCGCCAUGGCAACGUAAUGACGCCAUUACGCUUUUUAUUUAUCUUUGUGUUUCUCUGUACCAGGAGUUUUUUGAAGAAAUCGCUUAAGGGAGUAUGUACCUGCCAUAAUUGCCUCCAUUAUGGCAAAGUUUCAACAAAUUCUAUGAGAGCGUUUUCGAAUUAUUUUGACACGCAGUUUUAACAAUCAUAAAAACAGUGAAAUAGCACGCUAUCCACACAAUUCGCUAAUAUUUUAAGAAACUGAUAAGCUUUGGAAACGUGGCUUCAUCCCAUAGUGGUUUGAUUCCAUUGAAAACUGCAUACAAAAAAAGAGGGGAAUUGCUUUGACCGAUCGCGAGUAAGACGAAUUUUAUUGACUUACAUUCAGCUGCUUUUGUUAUAGUUUUUGGACGUAAUUUGGUCCAUGUCUACAAAUUUUGAAUUUUUCAAAAAACCGCUCGAUAAAUUUUUUUAUAAAUUCGACAAUCUGGAGAUCAAUUGUCAAUGAAUAUUCCCUGCAAGUUUUAAGAACAUUGAAAACGGGGAAGGCUUUUAAAUAGGGCCUCAAAUAUAACCAAUUUUUCCCCCCGAUUUUGUGUUUACAAGUGAGCGUCCUCAUUAUUCACUGGCAUUGUUUUCAAGUUUCAUAUGCACGUGCACAACUAGCAAAAGAUAUAAAUUUGCAUCAAAAAGAACUCUCGAUUACUUUCCGAAGAAAUAUUCCGAAUAUGCUAAUAAUUGGCUUGUGUCACCGACAGCAGUGAGAGCCGAAACGAUGGACGUCACCGCUCAUCGUGUAGGAUGCAAUACUUAAUUAUCUUACUCGGGUUAUAACAUCACAGAAACUCUUACAAAGAAUUGCUCUGAUGUUAUAAUGUAUCACUAAUCUCUUUACCCGGUAAUUAGCAUAUUCCGGAGAUAUAACCGAGGGUCCUUUUUGAUGCAAAUUCUAUCUUUUUGCUAAAUGUGCACGUGUAUAUGAAACUUGAAAACAAUGCCAGUGAAUAAUGAGGACGCUCACUUGUAAAGACAAAAUCUGGGGGAAAAAUUGGUUAUAUUUGAGGCCCUAUUUAAAAGCCUUCCCUGUUUUCAAUGUUCUUGAAACUUGCAGGGAAUAUUUAUUGAUAAUUGAUCUCCAGAUUUUCGAAUUUAUAAAAAAAUUUAUUGAGUGGUUUUUUGAAAAAUGCGAAAUUUGUAGGCAUGGACCAAAUUACGUCCAAAAACUAUAACAAAAGCAGCUGAAUGCAGGUCAAUAAAAUUCUUCUUACUCGCGAUCGCUCGGAGCAAUUUCCCUCUUUUUUUGUAUGCAGUUUUCAAUGGAAUCAAACCACUACGGAAUGAAGCCGCGUUUCCAAAGCCUACCAGUUUCUUAAAAUAUUAGCGAAUUGUAUGAAUAGCAUGCUAUUUCACUGUUUUUAUGAUUGUUCAAACUGCGUGUCAAAAUAUUUCGAGAACGCUCUCAUAGAAUUUGUUGAAACUUUGCCAUAAUGGAGGCAAUCAUGGCAGGUACAAACUCCCUUAAGCAAUUUCUUCAAAAAACUCCUGGUACAGAGAAACACAAAGAUAAAUAAAAAGCGUAAUGGCGUCAUUACGUUGCCAUGGCGACUCCGAUUGCAAUAAAACCCAGAUCAUAAGAAAUUUUCAUCAUUAUAUAAUACAGUUGUGGUAACCUUUUUCCCAUAUCUUUACUCAUGCUGACGUAGUUAAUGCUCAAAUGUGGGCGGUAUCCCCCCCAAAAAAUCCAGUCGAGCCACCUUAAGCCUGCAUUUUGUAGGCUUUGCUAUCAUAACUGCAUAAGUUACAAAGUUUUAUGAAUUUGGGUCAAACAUUUCUCCAAGUAUCUUGUGCAUGAAAACCUGUACAGACCUGAAUCUUGGGGAGGCUUCUUUCAUUUCUAAGAUUCUGGACUUUGUCUGUUGAAUGGAUUUGAUUUUUAAUUUUGAUUCACAGUGGAAACGAGUGAUAUAUUGUUGAAUCUUAUGCAACGUAUAAUUAGCUGUUUGCUUUAUAACUAGGCCUCUGUCAUCACAAGGGCUCAGCUUGAUGCUGCUAAAAAGUUGGCCAAGGUUUGUUGUAGUGGAAUUUCAUCAUCUGGGGAAAUGGUUUGCGAAUCUGGAAGUUUAAAACUAGGAGAAGAAACUUUAUUGUUUGGAUGGAGAAAGAGAAUUAGUUUCACUUUGCAUGUUUGAAUAAUCGGGGAAUUUGAGAAAUCACUGGUUUAAAAACCAGGCCUUCUCUACAACUAUGUGUUAUUAGAUGUAUAUAACGUUGCAAAACUAAGAGAUAAGGGGUUGAAUUAUUGACCUCCCCUGUAACAAGAAUAAGCUCAUUUGUUUGAGGGUUGGCUUUUAGCUUUAGAUAUAGUUUUCACAAUAACUAUGCAAUUUCUCGAGCGCUGAUUGGUCGAGAGCUACAGUGUAUAUUAGAGUACAGACCAUUGUUUUUCUCUCUCUUAGGUGCAAUUUUUGUCAAGAAACUGUCGAGAAUAGAAAUGGACAUUAAAAACUGAUAAUAUUAUUGUAAAGAACAAAUUGCCAUUGUUCCACACUCUCAUAGACCAUAGAUAUGAUGUCAAAAUUGUUCAAAACUUUGCAAUCAAGUCACUCACAUGUAGGUUGUGUUUCCACUUUAGUUUUGAGCAUGUGACAUCAUUUCUUUGGACUAUUUAACAAUUAGUUCAUGCGUCAGCGUGCGUAUGUCGAGAUAUUGAGCACGCGGGAAGUUUGGAGAGCACGAAAGAGGCGUAAGAGUUGCACGAGGCGCAGCCGAGUGCAACUCUAGCCUCUUGAGUAUAACAUCAUCAAAGCGAUCAAUGCAUCAGUUAACUUAUAAUUUUAUUAUUGUAGGGUGCGCUCAAAGCAGUACGCGUCAAUGUUUACGUGACUAUAUAUUUUUUUCCUCACAGUUAAUCUUAUGUUUUUAUCCUGAAACUGAGAGAAAGUGUACUCUAAAAUGAUUAUAAAAUCCAUAUUUAGGUGCUGGAAAACUAUUAAUUUACCGAAAAAUUGUUAUUGAGAGAAAACAAGUUUGCAAAGAAUGAACUCACGCCAUAGCCCGCACAGCUCGCGGAGAUGACAACAACAACAACAACAACACUCACCUCUUUUCCUUACUAUCGGUUAACAAAUUCAAACGUUUCCUCUUAAAUUUCCUUAUAAAACACAUCGUAAACGCUUCCUUGUCUAUUGCUGAGUUAUGGAUGCACUCAGGAGACUCAGGAUUGCUAAGCUCACAACCACUCGAGGAAUUACGAAUAGUUUAUUGACGUCAUCAGCGUGCUCAAUAGGAAUAUGAAGCACGCUCGCGCUAUUGAAUUUGAUUAGGCGAAUUUUCUAGCUAUGUUAUAAUAGAGUGUCGACCAUGGAAAAUGAUUUCUUCCUUUUUUAAAUUUAUAUGCAUUUUUUUCCAGUCAAAUCCAAAUUAUGCUGAUCAGCCAGUCGAAGUGCAGGUGUUUUCAAGGAGUCAAAUGGGAGGAAGGAAGGCCCCUCAAGGGUUGGUGUCUCUACAUUAUAUAAUAUGUUAUUUUCUCUAAAUAAAGACAUGGUAAUAAAACAGUUUUCCUAUAUUGUUAUAUGUUUGCCUAUACUGUUAUAUUAUCUAUACCUUAAGGGAAUUUUAGAUUUAGAACAUUUUAACCAAAUUGAUGUGUUACGGUCGACACCACUAGAGUUGGGAUCCAAUUUAGUGCUGCCUGUAGGUGGACGGUAGGUCCCACCACCAAGUCUAUGUCCCUCACCCUUUUAGAAGUUAGAGCAGUGUGAGUUCAUUGAGGAUGAAGUAGCUUAGUAUCACCCCUACUGCCCCUACCUGAUGCAAUCAUCUGAACGGGAACAAGGUCCUUUAAAAAACACUGCCAAGUGUCAGCUCAAUCUUAUAUAUAUUCCUCCAUCAAUUUUUAUGAAGACCUGAACUUCAGUUGUGGGACAAGUGUUGCAUAGCCUGAUUCUAAUAGUUUUUUUAGAAGAACUUGGUUGGUGGCCUGGCUGGGGCCCAGACUUUUGAUUUUCCACAAGGUAGAUUGGUGCUCAUCCAACAGAGUUUGAGAGUCAGUGGUAUUGACUUGAGAGUUAUCCUAUUUAGCAAACCCUUGUGAACUCAUCUGUUUGUUGCAUUUACCCUUAAUUUUUUUUAGUGUUUAUAGUAACUAAUUCUGUUUGUGCUUGUACAACACUUUAGAGUUCCACAACUCAACCUGGGUAAUCUUGCAGAUGACAAUAACCAGGUAUUUAACCAACAUAAAUUUACUUUAAAUUUUUAAUCUUGCAAGUAGUCUAGUAGUGUAGUGUACCAAAUUGUCUCCUUUGACUAAAAACUUUCUUUCUUUGUUGUUGGAUUAUGACUUGACCUACACCAUUAUCAGCAAGUUACACAAUGAUAAACAUUUUUACUAUAAAACAAAGCCAGUUGCAACCUUUUCUUUCUUCAUCAGACAUACAGUAACUGCAUACUUAGAGCUAACACAGGGUCUGCUUUGUGUACCAAGUUUAAGCUCAGUUUAAUGUUUUCAUAAUGUUUGAGUGUGUAGCUCAUGGAGUGCUUUUAUGUUCCAAUUAAAUAAAACCUCAUUGGCAAAACUUUUGCACAGUACUAUUUAUUUUUUUUAGUAUUUUACAAAAUAUAUCAGAAUUUUGAGGAAAUUCUAAAUUUGUCCACUAUGAUUCUCACAUGUCCUAGUUGAUGCAACCAUUGACAGCCGAAGGCCCUCACCUUCACACCCCUGACUCAAACAGCAGUAUCAUCAGGUAUGUACAGCUACUGUAAGAAUUAUUUUUAGGGACUUCAAAGUCUGACAAUGCAACAGCAACGAGAACAUGAAAAACAAUUACACAAACAAUAGUAGUCAAAACAGCAAUUUUGCACAUGGCCCAGGGGACAGGGAUGUUGAAUUGGGGCAAAAAUCAAAACCCAAAAAAUUCCUUGGACUUCAAACAAAACCCCCAAAAUAUCCCUGGACCAAAAUUUAACCCCCCAAAAAAUCCCAUGUUGAAUUUCUGAGCCAUAUAAAUUUCCAGAAAGCAUUGAAUGAUAUGACACCAAAAAUAGAAAAAUUAGUUUCAACUACCCCCAAAAAAUUAAAUCAAGCUCCCCAAAAAAUUACUUGCCGAAAUCCCGAAAUUGAAAAUUUCAAACCCCAAAAAAUCCUGCGAUCAUCCCUGUCACUAGAAAUCUGGAGAAUCCCCCCUGGGCACAUACGUCACACUUUUUUGUCCAUUUGCACGAUUGUGUAUGAGAUGAAAUUGCCUAACUUUUAAGUUUUAAGGAGGACAUACAGUAAACAAGUGACAAUCAGAUUUUCUUUCUCUUAAUUGUGAACUUGGAUAUGGCUCCUAGGAAUUCUAUUCCAGGGGGGUUUGCUUACAUAUGACUUAGUAUGUGGGUAGGGAUAUUCCCAAUAAAUACUGAAAGAAUGCAGAUUCACUUUCAAGCGACAUUUUUGCUGCGUUUGCGUCCUUGCAUUUUAGAGUCCCUGUUUUGGUCUUGAGAGGAUAGACUUGCCUCCUGAGAUUGUCUCAUGAAAUAUUGAGAUGUGAAGAAAACAAAAAUAACGGGUUUUGCAUGGGACCAGUUAUUGUGACAAAGCACUCAACAACAAGUUUAUUUCAAAUUAAAUAUAGCUUACAAAGCUUGUCCCCGCAAUUAGCGAAGGCUAUUCGAGGCGGGUACAAGAGAAAAAGGAAAAUUGUAUAAAUAUAUAUAUAUAUAUAUGUUAAACGAACAAUCCUAGAAGCAAUCUAGUUUGUCUUACUCGCUGAGGUUAUAGACUUUGCAUAUGCUCAGAACUUUUUGUAUCACGUCAUGAAAAGUGACAAGCAAAGUGAGAGUGUGUCUUAAAGUCUGAAUUCUUCUUCUUACAGAUAUAUUAAUUAAAAACUUGUUUUAAUUUGUAGCUGGGGAACUCCGCUUCACAGCUCUAGAUUCCAUCCUAGUCCUGUAAAACCAAAAGGAGGUGGUUGGCAAGUAAGUACCAGCAAUAAUAAUACUGCAUUAAUAAUAUUAAUAACAUAAAGCGAACAGUAUCUAACUUGCCAAGGUUCAGCUGAGUGGUUAGGGUUAGGGUAAUAAUCAGAUAAUCAGUGAGUGUGGGCUAAACCCAGACCAAUAAUAAGUUCCUUUUUUUCUUUACAUGACAAUUUCAUUCCCAAAGAAGUCACCACAAAGUUUCAAACCCCAAGAGAUCCUCUGAUCUUCCGAACUGUCACUAUUAUGGCAGAUUGUUUCCCGCCUCUUCACCCCACUCAACUCUCUGGUUGCUAGAACCUAGUUUACUUUCAACUAUACAAAUGUAGCCGGUCAAUUUUUUUCUUUUACCAAAUCUAACACUAUUUUGGCAAGGGGUUGGGUUAUUCAUUUUUCUUAAAGCCCAUUUGUAAUGGUAACAGGACUAAGUGGAGUCCAAUUCAGUCUAUGAUCAUACGAGUGAUUAACAAAAUUGGAUGACCACGUAGUGGGAGUGCGAUUUGUUUAAUCACAUGUAUGAUUACAGACUGAAUUGGAUGACACGAAGUUUUGUUACCAAUUAAUCAUGACGUUAACAAAAUUUGUGAUAUAUGAGGCUCUUUUUUUAAUCAAAGCACAAGAAAUUCCGAGAUUUUUUUUGCUAGCAGUGAAAAAAAAAGCCAUUUAAGCAUGCGCGUGAUCAGGCGCAAACUGUCCAGUUACUUAGGCAUGACGCGUACUGUCCUAUUUAACUGUCCUAUUAAUGCUGAAAUCAGGGCAGUUGAUAGCCAAUCAGAUUUAAGAAUUUUGUUUAGAAACUAAUAAUACUUUUAGAAAUACUGUAGGGCCGGGGUGGGGGAGAGUAAUUUUGAAUAUUCCUUCCCUGACUGCUGAUGUUAUGUUUUAGGUACAACAGGGCCGUGCAGCUCAGUCUCAUAAAAAGCCAGAUGGUAUGCCUGAUCUUGAUCUAGAAAGGUCUCAAGAAGAUGGUGACCUUAAAAAGGUAUGGUAUUGCUUUAAACACAAAAACUAGAUUUUCAGUCACCAAAUUUGCCAUUUAUUUCUUCACAAAAUUUUUUUAUAAGCUGAUCUGGAAAUUUCAUUACACUGAUGUACACCUCAAGUGAUAUAGUGCUAGCCUUACAGACCUGUUUAAUUUAUUUUUAGAAGAAAUUUAUUAACAGCAAAUUAAUAAUACAAGAUGAAAAUUUCAUCUUGUAUUUACUCUUUUAUCCGUCUGUUUACUUUAUUGGAUUGUUACAAACAUUACAUGCCCCAGCGGGUUAGAGAUAGGCACAGACUAAGGCUACUUUCAGGCAACUGGAUUGUCUUCUACCUGGAAAGCAACAGGAAUGCAUAGUACCACAUCCCCGUCCUUCCUUUCUUUCUUUCCCCUUCAAUGGAGGAUCUGAUAAUCUUACUGAUAAGGUCAGGGCUUAUUUUUAACAAGGUUUACGAUUGUUUUUGUUAUUUUAGGCUCUUCAUGCAAGGAAAAAAGAUGUCAACAAUGUAAAUGAUGGUGUUGAAUUUGAAGAGUACUCACGCGAGGUUAAUAAUGGCAUUUAUAACAUAGAAUUUCAAGAGGCAUUUUUGAAUGAUUAUUUUUCACUGGAAGUACAUGAUACAGAUAGUUCUGAUCUUUCAGUUCAAAUAAUAUGUUCCUCAAAAAUAACGUCAACCAGGAUGAUGUGUGCUUGUUUAAAAAUACAUUUUAAUGCUCAACUAUCUCAUUAUUUUUUGUUCCAAAAACUGUAUACCCACCCUCUUGGUAGACUUACUGCUUGAACCUGAUUUCCUUAUGUUUAGGCUCAUUAUUUAUUAAAUAAAAAUGUGAGCGCUUUUUGUCUGCAAGUACAUGUAUAUACAGAGUGCCCAAGUAGCUGCCAGAGCUGGCACAGUACCGGUACUUUACAUGCCAGCUGUAUUUUGCUUUCAUUUGCUUUCUUUUCUUUUUGUGGAUUGCUCUCAUCUUGAUUGUGGCAGAUCUUUGCCAAUCUUUUCUCCCAUCCUUUCCUAAGAGCUUGUUCUUUUGAAUCUGUUAGUGUGAGGGUGAUGCCUGGGGUGUGCCGUGUCAGAGUUUAUUGCUAUACAUACCUCUGUAGACUUGUUUGACUCCUUACCCACCACCAGUCAGCAGCUAGUUUAACUCCUUAAGUCUGGAUUUAAUUUAUACACUUAUAGUAUUCAUGUAUUGUAUCGGGGGGUGAGGGCUGGGGCCCAGGGAGCCAAAAAUUGUUUAGAAAUGAGAAGAUUGAAUCCCAUCCCCUCUGAGUAAAGUUAUUCUUAAGGACAUGUCUAAUUCCUGAACCAUAACAUUGAUUGCCAUCAAUGUUUUGAUAAUUAUAACUAUUUUCAUACCUUUUUAUUUAGUUCAUAUGUAUGUUUUAACGUUGUGUGUGGUUUUAAUAGGUAGAUGAAAGUGAUCCUUCUUACAAUGCAAACAAGUAGGUGUUUAUGUUGUAUGACAGACAAAAAUGGGGCUCUACAGACUAUGAGACCUCAGCCAUGAUUAAUAUUAUAAUGUCUUUUAAACAAUUGUCAUAAUAAAUACAUGAUUGAAUAAUCGUUUGUUUCAGUGUAGAAAAUCAGUACAAUAGACCUUGGAGUACACAGCCAACAACUCAGAGAGAACAAGCUCAGUUAAAAAGAAGGCAAGAAGAGGUACUCAUACUGCUUCCAAAUGCUAUAACUAUUCUUUUAUCAACAAAGUUGACUUUGUUUCUGGUUGUAAAAAAUAGGAAGUUUUACAUUCUGAGAAGAAGAAGGAUCUGAUUGUGGAAACAAUUCUUGUGGAUCAGCUUUCCAGGUGUAGUGAAAACUUUCCCAUAUUGUGUGGCUUUUUUAUUAUUACUAUUUAUGAAUCAUUAAAAAAUUCUUCAAUAAUUCAUACUGAGAAUUAUUCAAAGGAAAUGAAUGUCUAAUGAGUGUCUUGAUAUCUAAAGUAGAUACAGCUAAAAUUUCCUUGUACAGCUAACUCAAUUGUAUUUGUUUUUCUGUAUUUUACAAAGUGAAAUUUUCAGAGCUAUGCUGAAUUUUAGGUUUGCAAGUGAUGAACAUGGUUUACAUGGGCCUUGAAAAGUCCUUGAAAAAGCAUCAUGUCCUUGAAAAGUCCUGGAAAAUUGAAAAAUUGUGGGAUGGCUUGAAAAGUCCUUGAAUUUUCCACAGAAGUCCUUGAAUAUUUUUGAAAGCUCCUCCUUCGUGAAAAAAAAAAACAUGUUUUGCGCAGAGGAAUGAUUGAAAAGAACAGCAAUACACAAUUUUUUUUUGGUUAUCAUGAGAGUGUUUUCUUAUGAUUUUGGUGUUCCUGGCAUAGUUCAUUUUCCGUUAUUUGAAGUACCCUAGGAACCGUGCCUAAGUGAAGGAAGGUAUUGUAAUGAGCGAACCCCCCUCCACCUACACAUUUUAAAGGUCUUUACUUCAUGUUAUUUUGGAGAAGAAAUCCUUGAAAAAAUGAUAUUAGGUAGGCCUUGAAAAGUCCUUAAAAGUCCUUGAUUUUUCCCAAAAAAUCAUGUAAGAACCAUGGAUGAAUAAUGUUCAUCACUCCCAAAAGUGGCCAAACUAAAAAUAAUAUUAUUUUAGUUGCCUUUUUAUUAAUUCAAUAUUUUACAUGUUUAGGGCAGCAGUUUCUGAUCCACAAAAAAACAUCAACUCAAUUCCUGCUGAUAUAGGUCCCAAAGAGAGAAAGAAAAUGGAAUUUUAUAACACAAGGUAAUAAAAAACUAAUGUGAGUUGUUAGUUACUGCAAUCAAAUGAUAUGAUAUAUAUUCUUGUCCUACUAUCCAGUCAUUUUCAGCCUUUUUACUUCAGCCAAUGCCUUUGACACAUACUGGUACUUUGUUGCUACUCUCAUUGGCAGCGUCAUUACUGCAGCGUUGGUGACAGUGGUAGUGGUAAUAGUGGUAAAAGCAUUAGAGGAACUAUUGAUAACAAUGGUGCUUUUGAUGGCAGAGAGAGGAAGUGACCUUAGCAAUUCUAGUGUCACUGGUGUUGUUCUACCUCAUCAUGACAUUGCUAAUGACAACAGCCGUGGUAAUGGAAGUGGAGGUAGCGGUGACAGUGUAUUGAUACUGGUAUUGGCAAUGUCAUGACCACUGUCAAUGCUAGUGACACUAGCAUGAUUUCUAUAGUCACUUUCUGUCUCAGCCAUCAACAGCACCACUGCUGCUACCACCAACAAUGUCAAAACCAACACCAAUGCUGUGACCCUACCGUUGGUACAUAACUGUCACUUCCUCUCUCUCUCUUGGUGACCAUGACCAUCCACAUGAACUGCUUCAUCUGUCACUACCAUCAACAGCACCACUGUUACUACCGCAUCACUCCCACAUCAUUACCACCUUGCUGCCACUAUUUGCACCAAUGUUGCUUCCAAUACAGCUUAUUCACAUGACGUCACGGCGGCCACAUUAUUUUGGUGUUCCAAAACAAUGAAACGGUGGCCAUGUUGAUGUACCGAGACAGCCCUGUGGGAAUUUUAUGUAAAAACUUUCGUUUGUUUGUAUAAAUUAGCAUAGAUGCUGGCUACGUGAGUGAAUACACUCUAUAGUACCAUGUUUACUUAGUCUUAAAUAUGACUUUUUGUACUGAUCUACAGGAGCCCUGCUAAAGGUUCAAAUACUGAAAAUGCUCUUGCCAAGAGGGUGCGUUUUGGUGCAAGAAUUGUAACUAAAAAUGGCCGUGAUGCUCAUAGGGAACUAAAUGGAUUCUUCUUUCCAGUUGACAACACAAUAACACUUUAUGAAUUUCAUCAGUUUGGAACCAGGUUUGUAUAUAAUAAUGGUAGGCAUUUUAUAAUGCAUUUGUUAUUGCUAUUAACCCAAAUAGCUUUUUGCACUGGUGCUAACUGGAAGUUACUUGCUCUUUUAUUCAACCAUUACCAAAUACCUCCAGUGAAUCACCUGUUAACAUCUGUUGUUAAACCCUACCUUUUCUACUCCUAGAUCACAAGCUUUGCCAUUUAUUCAGCGCGGCUGCUAUAGCCAUGUUCAGGGAAGGAGAAAGCGGCAACCAUAUACCCUGAUGGAUAUCUUUGUGGUGAGCAUACAGUCAUGUACAUGUCAUACAUGUAUGUAAAUAAAAAAAUGAUACAUAAAUAGCAAUUUAGAGGUAGCACAUCCACAUAGAGGUUCUUAGUCUACAAUCCCUGGUCAAAUGUUGGUUUUGAGGAGAGGGGAAAACCAGAGUACCUGGUGAAAACCCUUUUGGAGCAAGGGAGAGAACCAAUUACAAGCUCAACACGCUAUGGCAUCUUGAUGCCAGGAUUUGAACCUAGGCCACAUUGGUUGGAGGUACACAUGAGUACUCUGACCACUACUCCACCCUUGUUCCCUGAGAGUUGUUAUUGUUAAGUGCAAUAAAACUUCUGGUAAUCAGUUUUUUAAGAAUCAUUUUGCCUUUAGUAAAUCUUUUACGUACCUUUAAUUCUUUAAAAAAUAGAGUUUUUUGUCAACAAUGUUGCUAAUUCAUGGUGGGGUAUUAUUAAAAUAAUGAUAGGUUCACAAGCAUUUUUGACUUUCCUUUUUUAUUCUCAGGGCAGUAAUUUGUCAUUUGCAACAGCCUCACAAUCAUCACUUCCACAGAGUGUGAGUGCCCGCCCUGUUGUUGUGUUCAGGGUUUCUGAAGUUGAUGAUCAAGCUAGGCAAGCACAUCUGUAAGUAAUUAUCGUAAUCCUAAGCGCCUAAUGGUGAGCAAUGUAAAAACAUCACAGAAAAUUACAAAAAUUUCAUUUUGAAAAUUCAAAGAAAUUAAAUAGCACCAUGCAAAAGUUGUACUAAAAUGUACACUCAUUUGAAUGACAACACAAUAACAACAACAAAUAACAACAACAACAAUCUUUAAUGAAUUUCAUGCAACAAGUUACAGUUGUCUUGUCUACACAAUUAGCAAAAAUACUGGUCUAGGCGAGACAAUAAUAGUUUGCAAUUAUAUUUACAAUAAAUGGUUAUAAGAAAUAACACACAAACACAAUUGAAAUCAAACCUAGUGCAAAACAUGUGAAAACUUUCUUCAGAUAGAAAAACCCUGGUUAAUGUAUCAAACCAGACAAUCUCCUACUCUUCUUUGAAAUUCGUGCUUUGGCAUAGGACUGCAAAGCUUGGAAGUGCAGGACCAUUUCACUUUAGAUCCCCUAUGUGCUCCUCAGCUGAGCAAAGAUAAUUUAGUUUCUCUUUUGUUAUAAUUUUAGAUUUGAGAGCUGUCAAACCCUUGAUGACAAACGUUCAAUAAUGGAAAGAUUAGAUAACCCACUCUCUGAUGCAGAAUUGCAAGAGCAAGAAGUAUUGGACAACGUACAAAGUAUGUGUAAUGUAGCUAGACAUAACUGCUGGAGAUAAGUAUUACUAACCUUACAUAACUAUUAACAUUACUGUUUGUUUCAGAUGAGAAGUGGCCUAACAGAUGGUUCACCAUCUGAUAAUUUGAAAAGAUUCCUACCUACACUGUAGAGUAAAGUAAUCAGUUUUAGUUCAACAACUUAUACACCUAUUCAUGUAUUAAUUUUUUUCAUCCUUGAUAAAAUUUUUAGGACUAAAACUGUGAAAACACAGAGCUAAAAAUGAACUCGCUUAUUUUUUCCUUCAGGUAUGGUCAAGAGGCAGCUUCACAAGAGGGCAGUGAAAACAAUGAUGGGUCUUGGUCAACACUUUAGAAAGAUCGACCAGUCUGGAGAUGGUCUGUUAGAUCAGCAUGAACUGCAAAGCGCUCUGCAGUCCUAUCAUAUUACAAUCCCUGAUGAGGUAUGUACAAUAGUUACAUUCCUUCCCAGUUAUUUCCCUGUCAAAAGUAUAACAGCACUAUCAAAAAUGUUCAUAGAGCUUAGUGGCAACUAAUUGAGUGGGUACUAAAUAAAUUAUAUAGCUGAUUAUUUGGAGGACUGUGAGCAAAAGAAGUCAGAUUUGUUUAAUAAUCAUGAGUAUGAUUAUAGACAGAAUUGGAUGACAAGUUUUGUUAGCAAUAAAACUAUAAUAACGGAAACAAAAUUUGAGAUAAAACAACAGCAAGACACUGUCAAGAUAUCUCAAGAGUAUUUUUAUAGACAUCAUAAUAUAGACAUCAUAAAUGUAGACAUGAGAAUCUAAAAAGAACCUUGGCACCUAUUACAGCAGUUAUAUGUAUGAUGACACCUACCGUCCAAUUACUUCUGUAUGAUAGGUACUGUAUAAUUAUCAGAGUGAGUCCCAUUGUUAAUGCUAACAGGGCUGCUGAUAUCCAAUCAGAUUGGAGUUUAUAGUUAUGAUUAAUAAUAAUAUUAUUAAUAUGUUGAAAUGUUGUCAUCUUCCUAUCAUUAAAAUCCUCAAGUACAGUGGUGCUCUCUUUCUAACUUUUACACAUGCCUUUUCAUUUUUAGACUUUUAAUCAGUUGUGGGAUAUUUUGGAUGUAAAUGGUGAUGGUUUUUUAGACUAUGGCGAAUUCUCAAGGGGAUUUAUUGGUGAAAUGAAUGAAUUAAGGAAAUCAUUGGUUAGAAAAGUAAGUUUAUAUGGAGAGAAAGUAAAUGUCCACACUGGUAUCUUUUGGCUUUUCAUGCAACAGGAAGAUUGCCUAACAAGAAAGGAUGUCUGCAUGGGAGGCUAUCAUUUUACGUUUGCUUUUAUAUGGGAAAAAGCUGCUGAUUCCAUUAAUAUUAGUCUCCUAUGCAGCCACUUUAAACAGCGUACAUAGAAAGUAGUGUCCGAUAGCCCGGAGCUAGUGGAUUUUGCUAUCGGGCUAGUGAAUUCUGUUUUUAACUUGCCCGACGGGCAAGUGAUGUUUUAUGAGAAAUUCGAAUAACAGAAGAACUGUAAAAUCAGUUCUGCUCUUUAAAAAGCUUUUGGGGCUAGUUGAAAUGACAUCUGGGCUAGUAAAUGUUAGCUUCAGCUUGCCCGAAUGUCAAGCUGUAAAAAUGAUUUCCUUUGCACCCUGUUAAGGGUCAUCAUGCAAUGCUCCGCCCUAGGAGUGUUGCACGACAACCCUGAAAACAGCUGCAUAGGAGACUAAUGCUGUACUUAAGAGUUACCGGUAAGUUAAACUUCUCCGUAUGGACACCUUUCACCCUUAAUAAGUCUCAAGAGUGAUCAACAUCGGUUUUCUCCUAACAGUAACGAUAACAGUAUUUAUUUAAUACAUAAUCAGGAGAAAAGGUCAUGAGAUAUAAAGAAAUGGUCAUCAAAGGGAACAUGAUCUGAUCCAUUAACAAAUUCUCCAUACUAAUUUUUGAAGGAAAUGUAAGGAGAUCAGUCUGGAGAAUUUUGGUGUGGAUAUUGAGGCUUAAAGCUUAAUGUACAAACGGAUACAACUACAACUCCCAACAUUGUUGGCCUACAUGGCUGAAAGUUUGACUGGUCUCAAACUUUGCCCAGCAACUCCCAACAAAACGCAACAACCUGCAACAACAUGUAACAGGGUGUGCAAACAGACGCAACUAGUAAUAUCCACCAAUGGUGGGAGUUGUCAACCAACAAUGUUGCAUCCAUUUGCAUGGGGUGUAAAGGGUUUAAGUUGAGCCUCUUUGGAACAAAGCAAAAUCUCCAUCACAGGAUUGUCACUAAGAUGUCAAGUUGCCUGGUAAAUACACAAAAGGCUGGGAAUCAAACAGCUAGGGGUUUCUUUUGGUUGUAUUUUUUCUCAUAUUUUCCUUUGAAAGUAGCCACGGGCCACGUUCAUAGUAGCCGGGGACCUGCCAUCAUAUCUUAAUACAGUUCCAGCUCUGUGAUAUGGACACCUGGAUGCAAUGCAGGUGUUAAGCUCUGUCAAUAAUGGUAUCCAUAUUGUUAAAAAAGGAUUUUAUUGAAGUUCCUAACAGGUUGUGAAUUGAUUGUUAUAAUUUUUUCAAAAACAGGUGUUCCGUAAACUUGAUCCAAAUAAGAAUGGCAUCAUCAGUUUAAAUAACAUGAGAAAAUUCUACUGCACUAAGAAGCAUCCUAAAGUAGUUUCAGGUAAGAAACUUGUGAAACUGCUUCUUUAGCCUACAGUCAUAUACUCCCUGAAAAAAAUUCCUGUUGUUAUUUAUAUGUUUUAUUUUUCAAUGUAUCUUUUUCAUUGGCUUUACUUGUUAGAGGAUAAACUUACAUGUCUACAAUUUGUACAUUAAUUUUUUGCAAACACAGUGUGGAGUUAAAUUGAUAAUAAUGAUGAUGAUGAUGAUGAUGAUAAUGAACAAGAUUAAACAAGCAAUAAUGGAAAGAAAUCAAUAAUGAAUGUACAUAGUGAGUUAAAAGAAACUUUUUGUUUAUACAGCGUUUUAUUGUGCUGAUUUCUGUUCUUCAGGAGAAGUGAAAGAGUCUGAAAUUGAGGAAUCCUUUCUAAGGUCUUUUGAACUCUGUGAGAACAAGGGACAAGUGACUUAUGCAGUAAGAUGUCAUUGUAUAUUAUUUUUCCUUGAUCGUAGAAUGAAGAGGGGGUUGUGUUCAAAGAGGGGGUCCCUCUACCCAUAGGCUGUUCAAUCAAUUGACGUUAAUGCCACUAAAUAACAGCUCAUGAUCAGUUACCUUGAAUCCUUUGAAUCCAACUUCGAAAUUUAGCCCCCAUUCUAGCCAUAAAGCCCCAUUUUAGAGAUCGAACACUAUUAACCCCUUCCCCCAGCUUCCCUGCCACCAGCCUCCUCAAGACUAUAUUGAUCAGAAUUAAUAAUACAUGCUAUUAAAAUUAUUCAUGCACUCUGAUCAAAAUACAGUGCAAUUUGUCUGUCCAUAUCACUCAAAUCUCUCUGUCAGACAGCAAUUAAUUCAUCCAAAAUAGAAUGAGAGUACACCAUAACUCGACCCUGAUUCAUGCUAUUUAUUUACUGCUUCCCCCCUGCCUCUCUACACCCCUACCCCCUCUUCAUCAAAGCCAUUUAUUAUGCCAGGAAAAUUUAGUCCACCAUGGGGCUAAAAAGAGGUUUUAAAGUGUAUAUAAAUUAGGUAAUAUCUUUUUUGUUACCUUAAACAGGAAUUUGAAGAUUAUUAUGAAGGAGUAAGUCUUGGCUUUGCUAGUGAUCAGGAAUUCACAGCCAUGAUGAGAAACUGUUGGGGAGUGUAGUAGGCAUAAUGGCAAUAGUCAUAAAUACAGACCCAUGUAAUAUAAUUUUACAGUGUUUGCAAUAGACCCUGCUGUAACCCAUAACCAGGGUUGUUAUCAAGUUGCCAGGUAAAUAUAACAAGUAGGCGGGAAUCAAACAGCUGGGGAUUUCUUUUGGUUCUAUGUUUCUUCUAUUUCCCAAUGAGACUAGCCAGGGACCACAUUCAUAGUAGCCAGGGAAAAUUCCCGGCCCCCGCCUCUUAAUGACAGCCUUGCAUAACACCGAUCAAGGGUGUCAAUGCAUAUAGUUAGUGUUGGGACUGAAGAGCACUUUUAUUCUCCAAAAAUUAAUAUGAAAGAAAGUUUUUCAGCUCAAAUGAUUGGGUGUUUGAAGCUGCUUUUUCACUGUACAUUUUGAGUUUUCCUGUCAGUCUAUGUUGUCUAUGAGUGAGAAAAUUGCCACUAGAAAAUUCACUAAAAAACAAGGCAGUCAAGGGUGGUAUUAAAAACCAAGACAAUAGCUGCUGGAAUUUCUGCUAAGAACACCACAACAAUAAUAAUGAAUGGAAACAAGUUUGAGUCAAACUGACAUAAGUUUAGUACAGUUACCUAUCAGGGUUAUCUUUAAUUGAUUUUCCAUGCAUACUGUGGUUGAUCAGAACUAUCCAAACUUUAAAGAUUUUGCCUGUUGCCAGCUUAAUCAUUAACAAAGGAAAAAAGUCAUAUGAUGAUAUUAUUGAGCUCGUCUGAGCUGCCAAUUAAAACCAGGGCAGUGAAAACGUUACUUUCAUCACUUAACCCAUUCGCCCCUGAACCGCCCGUAACCGCCCGUGUGGAUCCAGGUCCUUUCUACCCUUUGUGACGUCAUCAGUUUUAACGGUCAAGGACCACUUUCUUUGCUAACUUGUGCAGAGUGAAGAGAUCUUUCAAACCAUACCAGAAUGAGCACAAUUCAGUCAAGGACACCGGAGAAAGAAGCAAAAAACCACGUGACAAGGACCUGAAAAUCUCCAUGAAAAUCUUGUUCCAUUACCCACCAACCUUUCCUUUCACCUAAUCCUAA